AUGCAAACAUUACUAUCAUUAAUGAGUAAAUUGUCAUCAAAAAGUUCUCAUGAAGUUUUAGACAGUGAAUAGGAAAUUUCUAAAAAAACAUUUGUACCUACUUUAAGAACUCCUUUUGAAAAUGAUAAGCUUAAAUAAAGAAAAGAAGAAGAAUUAAAUAAUGAUGUAUAAAAUAGCAUAUAAAAGAGUCUUAUUUGAAAGUAAAUUUAAGUAAUUAAUUAUUAUCCUCUACUUCACUUGCAUUGGAUAAAUUAUCAUAAUCAAUAUUAGAAUUAGAUGCAUCAAAUAACUUAUUCAAUUAAUUUCCAAAUCAAUUAAAGUAUAUUUUUUCUUAUAUUUUAUCUCAGAUGCUAAAAUAACCUUAAGAUCCUCAAUUUGAGUAAUAAUCAAAUUUAAGAAAUUCCAAUUAAAUUUUAUCUUCCAAAUUUAGAAAAGUUAAUUUUGUCUGAUAAUUAAAUAAGUAUAAUUUUUAUCUUACUCUAUAUAGAAUAAUUACCAUCCAGUUUAUUUAAAUUAAGAACUCUUAGAGAGCUAAAUUUAAAUAAUAAUAAUAUAGAAUAUUUACCUUCAGAAUUAUUUUAAUUAAAAUUAACAUAUCUUGGUUUAAGAUCAAAUUUAUUUACAACAAUUCCAGCAAAAUUUGAAGAAAUUUUAGAGUCAUUAUAAUGUUUUGAUAUUGAUUGGUUUGAUUAUUGUAAAAUAAAUAGUGAACUUGACAAAUAAAUCAAAUAAAAAUUAAUAUUAUUGGGUUAAAGAGUAGUAUAAAAAUAAGAAAUUAUAACAUUUUCAUUAUUUUAUUAUUAUAUGGUUGGAAAAGUGUUUGAUAUCUAGUAAUCUAUUUAAAAGUAUUAAAUUUAAUAAUAUUAGUGGUAAGAAUAUAUUAUUUACGUUUAUUUAAAGAGAUUCCAUAGGAUUAUUAAAACAAUAUAGUUAAAAAUAUCCAGAAUUGAAUUUGAUCAAAGAUGAGGAUGAAUGUUCUCCUCUUCUUUAUGCAUUUAAUUUACAUAGAAUGAAGUGUAUUCAAUGUUUAUUACCUGUUUUUAAGAAAAAUAAAAUUGAAAUGUAAACUUUGUUUAUGUUAUCAGCAAAACAAUAGGAUAUUUAAUUAAUGAAGAUCUUAAUAUAGAAUGGAAUCGAAUUAAAUUAUCAAAUAGAAAAAGAUAUUAUUGGACCUAAUAAAAUUCUAAUUACUUCUGGAUCAACUGUUAUGCAUAUAGCAAUGACAUCCUUUGGCAGAAAUGCAUAACAAUAAUAAUAAGCAUCAAUUAUGGUCAAAGUAGUUAAAAACUUAUAGAAUAGCUUCUAUUAGACAUGGGAUGCGAUCCAAACAUUAGAAACCAAUUGAAAUUAACUAGUUUACAUGCUGCGAUUAUAUUUCCAUCUUUAGCUGCUGUACGAUUUGCUAGUAAUUAUACAUAAUUUGAUUUCCAAAAAAGAGAUUUAUAUAAAAAUACUCCUCUUCAUAGUGCAUCAUAGAUGGGUUUAGUCACUAUUUUAUAAUUUAUUUAAGAAAAGAAUAUCAAUCCAUUUUCUUUAAAUAUUUAUAAUAAAACGGCCAAAUAAAUGUCUAUUGCAUCAUUGUAAAUAAUUAAAAUUUAAAAGAAAUAUGAAAAUUAAUAUUUAAGAAAGAAAUUACUUUUGGAAAAUGAAGAUCAUCAAACUUCGUAAAAGAAUGAGAAUUUAUCAAGUCUAAAUAGUUACUAAUCAAUAACUUAGAAUUUGUAAGCAACAGAGAUAAAAAGCUAACUAUUAUCCCCUUAAUCUUAAUAGUAACAUAGAAGGAUUUUCAGAUUAAAUUUAAAUUAAGUUAAAUUAAUGGAAUAAAAUUAUUAAAUUCCUAAUAGACAGUAACAAUCAUCCCAAAAAUAUAUGGCACCAAAAAUCUAAGAAAUUUUAUCAAAUAUUUCUUAAAUUAUUAGAAAAUAUUAAAAUAGUAAUAAUCUUCUUUUGGAAAUAAAAAAUUUAUAUCAUCUUACUGAAGUUCUUCAAGAAAAAUUAAUAAUUGCUAUUUUUGUUAAUUUGAUUAUAAUGAAAUUAAAAUAUCACUGGAAGUAUUUAUCAAGUAUUGGUACCUCUACUAUUUCUGUUUUAAAUUAAACAAAAAUUGUAUUUUAAAAACCAUUAAGUUCUAAUGAGUAUUUUAUAUUCUAAAACUAAGAAUUUAUUAAAAAAUACUAAUAAAACUGUCUAAAUAUGUAGAAAAUAGAUGAUAUAUCAAAUGCAAACUUUAGGAAUUAAAAAUAGUAAUUAUCAUUAAAUUUAAAAUAUAAUUUACAUAAUAAUUGGGAAGAAACACUCAAUUAAUAUGAGUAAUUCUAUUAAAAUAGUAUGGGAGAUACCUAAUGGAUAAUUAGUAUGAAAGGAUUAAAGAUUAAAAAUAAAAUAAAGACUGAAAAUAAUAAUAGAAUGUUACUUUAUUAAUAUGAGUAAUUUUAAAACAAUUAAGUUUCUCAAACUUAAUUCAUUCGAGUAAUACAAAGAUAAAUGGAUUAUUAUAAAGAGUAGAAAGUGGAUAAUUCGGAAUCAGUUUGUAGUUUAAGUGAUAGAUUGAAUUAAUACAAUAAAACUCAAUUAAUAAAUAAGAAAGUUAAUCAGUAUUCACUUUAAAAAUCAAACAAAAUGGAAUUUCAUUUACGAAAUUUCAGUUAGAAAACAGCUAGAAGAGUGUCACCUUAAGUUUAAUAGCAUCUUGGAGAGAAGGCAUAGACCUUUCGAAAAGAUUCUGCUAUUAUUAAUUCAAUUGAUUUUUCUCUAGAUAAUUUAUGA